CUUCACUGUUUGAUCUUUGAUAGUCACUCUUCACUUUUCACUCUUUGUUCUUUACUUGUCUUUGAUCAGCAUCACUACAGACUACCGUAACCAUAAAAAUGGCCCUCUCGCCACAAUCAACCAAGAAGAUGGUCUCGGGAUACGAGAUCCCGGUCCUUGGGUUCGGGGUCUACAAAACUCCCCCCGACGUCACUGAAACGGUCACACUAAAGGCCCUGCAAGCAGGGUAUCGGCAUAUCGACAGCGCCCAACUCUACCGCAACGAACGCGAAUGCUGCACGGCAAUCCACAACUCCGGCUUGGACCGGUCCCAGAUCUUCUACACAAGCAAAGUGCCCACCACGCACAUGUCCUACGAGAAAGCCAAGGAGGCGAUUGAAGCAAGUUUGGAGGCGGCGAAGGAGUUGGGGUAUAUUGAUCUAAUGCUCCUCCACGCCCCCUACGGCGGCAAAUCCGGCCGCCUGGGCGCCUGGCGCGCACUCGUCGAAGCCCAGUCAACGGGCAAGAUCCGCUCCAUCGGCGUCUCGAACUACGGUCUCCAGCACCUACAGGAGCUGGAAGACUACAUCCAGACCAGCGGGGUCGGGGGCAAGAUUGCCGUCGGACAGUAUGAGAUCCACCCGUGGUGCGCGCGCGAGGACAUCGUGGCGUGGUUGAGGCAGCGGGGCGCCGUCGUGGAGGCGUAUUCGCCGCUGGUGCAGGCGAAGAGGAUGGAGGAGCCGGUGUUGGGGGAUUUGGCGAGGAAGUAUAAGAGGAGUAGGGCGCAGGUUUUGGUGAGGUGGAGUUUGCAGAAGGGAUACGUGCCGCUGCCCAAGUCGGUGACGGAGUCGAGGAUCGUGGAGAAUUCGCAGGUCUUUGAUUUCGAGCUGUCCGACGAGGAUAUGCGGAGGUUGCAGACGGAGGAGUAUGCCCCUGUUUCUUGGGAUCCGGCGAGGGAUUCGCGGUUGUGACGGUGGAGUAGAUUGAAUUGCUGGGACAACUGGACUGGAAUAGUUAGUUAGAGAGUUGGUAGUUGGUUAGUUAAAUAGGCAUUUAGUAUUCUGAGG